AACCUAAACAGGAAGUGAUGCUACAGCGUGACUAGACGAGACGAUACACAUGUUGCGCGAGAGUAGAUUAGAUACAUCAGCUAAGCAACGAAAACACUCAAAGCAGUUUCAGCAUCAUGGCGCCUACAGAUUUCAAAAAUUUGGUCAGAAGAUUUUAUGUUCUUCAAGCUGAGCGUGUGGAGGCAUACACACUAUUUGAGGAGGGUCAUGAGGCGUAUUUAAGGACAGGGCCCCACUAUGACUUUGAGCACUACAAACAGCUGGUACAUGAGAUAACAAAAGCAUUCUGUGGCAUUUCCAAAGAAGUUCUGAAGAUUAAAGAGCAACUGCACCAAGACUUCGACCGGCCGGACCUUUCAGAGCACAUUGAGAAACUGCAGAUUAAAGAGAAAGAAAAGCUAGAGCUGACAGCUAAGUUACAGUUGGCCAAGCAGAAUGCCCAAGAUCACCCAGAAGAUGAGGAUUUCCAGGAGAAAGUCCAUGAGAUCAAACAGGAUAUAAUAAAGAAUACGGCCGCUUUGAGUGAGAUUCUGCAGGACUUCAAGUAUGACUCGGAGGAGCCGGAGUGAGAUGUAGUCCGUCUCAGGAGAGAGAGAUGGAUUCAGAUCCUCUAUGAACUUUCCCUUUUAAUGAAGAGUCAUCUAAGGUAUCAAUCGCUGUCUUGGGUGCUUUAAAGAUAGACUGCAUUGCUGAUGCAGGCUUUGCGAAUCAUAUAUUUAUUAAAUAGAGUUUGGCAUCUUUUAUUUGAUUUUUUUUGUAUGUUCGAAAAUAGCUUGACAUUCUGUUUAUUAAACUAACUCAAAGUUCAUUGAAAGUGUAAAACAUUGUUCAUGAUCAUAUGCAUAAUAAUAGUGUGGUACAAAAUAUAUGAACAUUCCUUUGAUAUUUUUAAGACAUUUAUACAGAAAAAACUAUUUUUUACAUAAUGAUACAGUAUUUACAUGGAAAUGCAUUACAAUUUACACUUAAAUGAUCUAAACUUGUAAUGUGCUUGCCAAUUAAAGGGACAGUACACUGAAAUUAAAAAGUUUGUCAUUAUUCACUCACCCUUAUGUCAAAACCUGUACCAUGUG